UCGUAAAUAGAGAUCCUCAAAUAUAUAUUCCAUACCCCUUAAUGAGAGUCGUAAUCAUCAAAAGGGGUCAACUGUUAGUUGUUGGUUGUUGGAUGUUGGUGGUUGCAUGUCUGGGUAGAAAAGGAGGUUUUUGGGGAAGUCGAUCCAGAAAAUAACUAUCUUGCUUAUAUAAUCCAUCUUGAUAAUGGAAGGUCCCCAGAUCGGAGCGGAGACGGGCGAUGGCAAGCAGUUGUUACAGCCAUUUCUUCAUCAUUUUACGAUUGAAGGUCGAACGGUUCUAACUACUCACACUCAUUUUUAUCUUCAUAUGCCCGGGGUUUGGUUGCGCUUUCUCCCUGGUCUUCAGUUUCGAAAGACCACGUUUCCAUUGAAUCCAGGUGCCUAGGAUCGCGGACUUCCACCACAAACACGUUCUCUCCCGGCGUCGACAUAUCCUGAGCUAUUAAGCUCUGUCGCGACGACCUGUCAUGCAUAUCAAUAGUCUGAACUCGUUAUUUCAAGUUCUCUUCCUGUCUUCUGUUGCCUGGGGCGCAGCGGAGGAGAAACCGAAGGCGGCAGAGAAGCCAUGCACCAUCCACUCGCCUAACACGGGGCUCUAUUUCGAUCUGAAUGCGAUUUCGGUACAGCUUGAUAAGAAGGAUGGAAAAAAGUCGCAUGCGGAUCAUCAGAGGGAUGAAAGCUGGCAUGUGAAGGGACAUGAUUAUGGAGCUAAUUUUACAAUAAAUAUCUGCGCUCCUGUGGUAGAAAACUUGACAGAUGUCGUUGGAGUCGAUGAGAAGAGAUGGCCGAACAUCAGUGCAUACUAUGAGAUGGGCGGGGAGACUUAUUCCAUCGGGCAACAAUCAUCUUCACUCUUAUUCCGCGGACGCAAACUUGUAUUGAACUACACCGAUGGUUCACCGUGCCCUUCUUCACCGCGCGGAAAGAAACUAUUCAGACGCAAAAUCGUAGACGGCGACGACGAUGACGAUGAGGACAAUGACAAGGACGGGGACAAAAAGGGUGAUGAUGAUGAGAAGAAAAAGGGAGAUGACAAAAAGAAAGACCCUGAAGACAAGGUCGAAAGGAGGAAAUCGACUCUCAUGUCCUUCCUCUGCGACCGAGACCUCGUUACGCCGGCCGCUACCUUCUCAUUCGUCGGUAGCCCCGAUUCGUGCUCCUAUUUCUUCGAGGUCAGAACCGCAGCUGCCUGCGGAGGCGUUGCCGCAAGUACGGACGGCGGCGUUGGUCCCGCUGGUAUCUUCGGAAUCAUUGCUGGUAUAGCUAUAGCUGCCUACCUGAUUGGUGGAUGCGCCUAUCAACGAACUGUCAUGCACCAGCGAGGGUGGAGGCAGUGUCCGAACUACGGGAUGUGGAGUGGUGCCGCCAGUUUUGUCGGGGUAUGUAUAACCUCCAUAUUCUUAAUGCUCCCCUUUUUGCGUAACCACCAAACGUCGAGAUUCCAACAAAAUGGUGGUCGGGGAUCGUCACUUACCCUACCUACUUCCCGCCUCGAUUGAUAUGUUUUACUCCAUUGCAGUUCAUAUUAUAGACAUCUUUUGGUUCCUCGGUUUUUGGUGUUGGAUAUACCCUCAACCCUGGAUGCAUAUACCAUAUAUAUUGGGACAUUCAAGCAUGUUAGCGGAUAGAAUAUGUUUGCCUGUGUUUUGUUUUCUUUGCAUCUCCUUGUGGUGGCCAAUUCAGCAUCCUUCAGCUUGUGGCCUACAAACAAGCGACUUUGGAUAACCUCCAAUGGCGGGCUCAUUGGAACAACCUUUUGCCACCUCCCCCGGUACGCCUUCUAAAUCAUCAGCAUCUUCCAUGUUCAAGUACAUGAUGCCGCAUAUCCGUCCACCAACGAGCGAAGCCAGGAUUAUCCGCUCUUUUCCUUGGUCUCCUUUUUCUUUUACCAUUACGUAUAUUUUGUUUGUUUU